GAGCGGUGAGAUAUUAAGGCAUGAUUGAUUCCGAAGAUGUAUUACUGGUUGCCUAAGUUUCACAAAUUAUUUUUCCAAUUAAUUUACUAAACAAAGAAAAUUUAAAUGAACAGCCAUUUCAGUUUUUCAUAAUUGACAGUUGGUCGCAGUUGGCGGGCAAAUAAAUACCGUCGAAAAACCAGAAAGAAAAGAAAAAGAAAAGUGUUCAGCUUCAAAUGAUACUAUACAAGUCUUUAUACUUUACAGAAGUCCUAAAAAAGACCAAUCGCCUGUUUCAAGAUGAACUUAGAACCUGUGUUAGAACUAUGUACUGCCAAACUUCAAGAUAUAUGAGGAAUAAUUAAUAGAGAACGAUACAAAUGUGGUUAAAAAUUGACAUUAAGUGCCUUAUUUGUAAAAUAUCAUAAUGGCUUGUACGACCUGUGCAAAACAAAGCAUAAUAGAAGGAUGUGUUAUACACCAAUAUUUGUUACCCACCUUGAAUAAUGAACAACCUGGGACUGCUGACAUAAGUCAGUCAACAAUUCAGAGUAAUGUCCUCUUCGCAGACUUUCAGAGUUGAAAAAGAUUCACUUGGUGAAGUUAAGGUUCCUUCCGAUAAAUACUAUGGGGCCCAAACGGUACGAUCCAUCAUGCAUUUUGGCAUCGGAGGCGAGUAUGAAAGGAUGCCAUAUGCUAUUAUAUCAGCUAUGGGGAUUUUAAAAAAGGCCGCUGCAGAGGUGAAUAGAGAGUUUGGACUUGAUAAUGCUGUGGCAGAUGCAAUCAGUAAAGCUUCUGACGAAGUUAUAUCUGGCAAGUUGUAUUGUGGGCAUUUUCCUUUGGUCAUUUGGCAAACAGGCUCUGGCACUCAAACCAAUAUGAACGUAAAUGAGGUUAUUAGUAAUAGAGCUAUAGAGAUGAUGGGUGGCGAAUUAGGAUCAAAAACUCCAGUUCAUCCCAACGAUCACGUGAACAAGAGUCAGAGUUCCAAUGAUACUUUCCCAACUGCGAUGCACAUAGCCGUAGCAAUGGAGAUAGCACACAUUUUAAUGCCCGGGUUGACCGUUUUAGCGGAAUCUUUAGAAAAAAAAACUAACGAAUUCAAAAACAUCAUUAAAAUUGGCAGGACCCAUACUCAGGACGCUGUACCACUGACCUUGGGUCAAGAAUUCAGCGCUUACGCAGCUCAAAUUCGUUUUGGAAUUGACAGGGUUAAUUCUGGCUUGCCACGGUUAUACAUGCUGGCUAUUGGUGGGACCGCAGUAGGUACCGGCAUGAACACUAGGAUCGGGUUUGCCGAAAAAUGCGCUGCCAAGAUUGCCGAUUUUACUUGUCUGCCUUUCGUUACCGCGCCCAAUAAGUUCGAAGCUUUAGCCGCUCAUGACACGCUGGUUGAAGUUUCCGGGUCAUUAAAUGUCAUAGCAGCGUCAUUGAUGAAAAUAGCUAACGAUAUCAGAUUCCUAGCUUCGGGUCCGCGUUGCGGCCUAGGCGAACUCUCCCUCCCCGAAAACGAACCGGGAAGCUCCAUCAUGCCGGGCAAAGUGAACCCCACCCAGUGCGAGGCCGUUACCAUGGUCGCCGCCCAGGUCAUGGGCAACCACGUGGCCACGACCAUAGGCGGCUCCAACGGCCACUUCGAGCUCAACGUGUUCAAGCCCAUGAUGGUGGCCAACGUGCUCAGAUCCAUCAGACUCAUCGGCGACUCUUGCAAGAGUUUCGCCGUGCACUGUGUCGACGGCAUCGUUGCCAACAUCGAUAAUAUUCAGAAGAGCGUGAAUACGAGUCUGAUGCUGGUCACCGCGCUGAGUCCGCACAUAGGUUACGAUAAGGCGGCUAAAGUGGCCAAGUUGGCUCACCAGGAGAAGAGUACUUUGAAGGAGGCCGCUGUUAAGUUGGGGUUUGUUACUGAGAAGGAGUUUUCUGAGUGGGUUAAGCCCGAAGAUAUGCUUGGACCCAAGUGAUUUUGUGUAAAAUCACUAUUUUUUGUAUUAUUAAUUCUAUUUUAUUGAUAUACAAGAUGUUCCUUAAUGACAUGCUAAUAUUUAAGGACCUUUUCUACGAGAAAAACUUCAUAUAGUAAACGCCACGAAUGUUUGGGAGUGAUUCAUCGCUUGAUGAAGUUAGAAUCGACGCGCGCGCUAUUAUUUCUACAUUAAAAACGUACAUUUUUACCGCAGACGUAGGUUUUUAAAGGCCCGGUCUAACCAUAUGCCUGCGCUCCUCCUACUUACAUGAUUGACAAAGACGAUGCUAUAUCGCCUCUCUUUGAUUGAUUCGUUUUUG